ACGACGACGGCAUCUACAAUUGUUUCUGUAUUGGCUGUCAUCUCUGUUGCUUUGCGGUUUUGGACUCGCCGCUUGAUCAAGGCUGGGUAUGGUCCUGAUGACUGGUGGAUCCUUGUUGGUCUCGUCUUCAUGCUAUCCACUGGUGCUAUUCUACUCUAUGGAGUCAGAAAAGAUCCAGACGGAGGCCAAGCCAUCAAUCGAGACGAUCCCCAUUUCGAUUUCACACCACAUACCACAUAUCUCAAAACGUCAUUCAUUGCUGCCACACUGUAUUUCUCAGUAGUGACAUCAAUUAAGAUCUCCAUACUCUUUAUGUAUCGUCGGAUCUUCCCCAUUGACGAAUUCUUCCUUCAAUCACAAAUCGUCGGUGCGCUGGUACUUAUCUGGUGGCUUAUCGGUAGUGUUUUAACAAUAGUCAGCUGCAUUCCUGUGAACAGACUUUGGAUUGGACCAAGUGCUAGUGGCUACUGUUUCGAUUUCAAUAUAUACUGGAUGUCUAUGGGAGCUGUGGAGUUGGUGAUUGACACUCUACUGCUCAUCUUGCCCGUGCGGAUGGUUCUUGGAUUGCAGCUACGUCGUCAGCAGAAGGUUUUGGUCGCUGGCAUUUUUGCGCUCGGAGGCUUUGUUAUUGUCACUGGUCUCGUUCGAGUGAUUCUUGGCUAUAGGCCAGGCAGCCAAAACGUUGCCUUCGCCCGUGCAGAACUAUGGUCUGCCGUCCAUACUGGAACAGCAAUCGUCUGCGCCUGUCUUCCUACCCUGCGACCACUCAUCAAGCGAGCCAGUAUAAUAGCAUCUUCACUCAAACGUAUAUAUGGCUCAUCUUCAAGCGGUGGCCAAGAUACAACAGCGAGUGGAUCAAUGGGCUCAAAUGCAGAGUCAAGAAAUAGGGGACCAACGGAAGUGCUCACGUUAAAGAAUAUCAGA